CCCAUUCACGCCGCCCAUCGCCCGACCUCAAGGCAGCCGACCUGACCCCGAUCCCGACCCGUCCGUCUGCCGCCCGCCGCUUGAUACACAUCGCUGCCCGCCGCUGGAGCAAUCAACUGAGAAGUAGUAAUUAAGCGAAAGUAUGGCCGAGAAGGCGGAGAAAGCAGUGUGGGAUGAUGCACAUGUGGUACACUUUAUUAGUAUUUGCAAAGAAGAGAUUGCUAAUGGAAACAGGCCAUUAGGCUUUCUCAAUCCGAUUGGUUGGAAAAAUCUUGUGGAGAAGUUUGAAGCAAGAACAGGAAAGAAUCUAACAAGAACUCAACUGAAGAAUAAAUGGGACAGUAUGAAGAAAGAGUACACAUGGUUCAUGGAGUUGAAAAUUGCUGCUACUGGACUUGGAUGGGAUGAUGCAAAGCAAACUGUUGAUGCUUCCAAAGAAUGGUGGGAUGAACAUCUUCAGGUCCUUCUGAAUCCAAUUGUCAUAGCUCGACAACAGUUUGAAAGGCAGACUUGGAAACACUCACACUUCCCUUUCCUUUGUCUAUGCUUGGUCUGUCAUGGAAGUAAAAUUGCAGAAUAGCCCAUCAUGAUUGGGGUGAGUUUAUAAGAUUUCGCCGGAUUGGCUGCACAUUGGAGAAGACUAUGGGUAUUCGUUUCAAAAUCUCACCAGGUACUAGCUGAAUGUAAGGUUGCUGUCAAGAGGAAUUUGUUGAGAGGAUCAUGGCUGCAUGCAAGCAAGCUGAUAUUUUGUUGUUAGA